AUGACACAAGUAUCCCCUUCAAACAAAAAGGUCAAUGAUUUUCUUUCUAGUUUAUCUCAACUAUCUCAAGAGAGAUUACGAGAAGAUCAACAACGACAAAGAAACUUGCAAAGAAAUAUUGAUGAAUUACAACUGAGACUGGCCAGUACAUCACCUAGCAAAUCUUCAAUAUCAAAUACAAAUACUACAUUGACGACAUCAUAUUACGGCUAUUCUGUUCCUGAUUUAAAGUUCAACAGAAGUAGGUCCACUGUGGAGAACGUCAAAGAGAAAACAAAACAGAACGAUAAUGUUUAUGAAGAGGAAGACGAAGAAGAAGCACCAAAAUUACCACAACGACCUCUUAACGAUGCAACAAGCACAAAGAGCCCACCACCUUUACCAAAAAGAAAAUACAAAGAAGAAACGGAAGAAAAACCACCUGCAUUACCAGCUAGAAAACCAGAUCUUGAGAAGAUUAAUUUGUUGAAACCAGUUGCAAGAAAGUCGUCCUUUCCAAUGCCACCAAAACCUGCUCGACCCAAUUCAAGUGUUGAUUUCAAGUUUUCCAAUGAGUCAUCAGGUAAACAUCGAUCAUUUAAAGAUAUCGAAGAAUUAAUAAAAUCCGGGAACACUGUAAAGAAAACGGCCCCAAGACCGCCUGAAAAAUUGACAACAGAUAAACCCACAGUUACUUCACCAAAGACACCAGUAAAGCCAACUAAAGCAGAUUGGCUCACAUCAUUGUCAACGGCGAAAACGACUACAUCAACCCCACAAGCGGUUUCACCUGAUUCAAAAAGACCAGUACCGUCUGUUAUUUCACAUAAAAACUGGAUAGAUAGUGCAGUUAGUAAAACUGACACCAAACCUCCAGUGGAAAAACCUAGUAAACCAUUGUUUUUGAAAAAAACCACCAAACCAGAAAUACCCAAGAAACCAACUUUGUCAAAGGAAAACUUGUUUGAAACCAAAGAGGAAGCUGAAUUUAAAUUGAAAUUUAAAGAAUUCAAAUCAGCAUCAUCAUCGUCAUCACCGGAAAAAGUCGAGAAAAAGAUUACUGGUGUUCCACAAACCAAGGUUAUAGUAGAAUUUGAGGCCAAAUUGGCACAACUUAGAUCUCAAUCCCCCACCAGGAAACCAAUUGAAAGAACUAAGGAUGAAGAAGAAUAUCUUUCCAAAUUUGAAAAAGUUAAAGCUGGUCCCAUUCCAUCACUAAGGCCCAAAAGUAUGGCUUUUAAUAAUCCACCACCAGAGUUUCAAAAACGAUUUGAAAAAAUUGUAACUAAAGCUCCACCCAAACCAAUCAAACCAUCCAAAGUUUCAUUGAGUACGUAUCAGGAAAAAGAUACGAAAGAAUUGAUGUCCCAAUUAAAGAGACUUGGUUCACCGAAAAAAGAGGAUCAGGAUCAAGCGAAACCGAAAAUGGAGCAAAAGGUAGAGGAUACGAAAGAUACUGUCAACAAUAGUAGUGGUGACAAUGAACAAUCUAAACGAAGAACAAGGGGACCAAAAAGAAGAUUGCCAAAGUUAAAGGAAAUUGGUGAUAUAAAACCUACAAGGGUAAUCAGUGGAGAAUUGUUUAUAUAG